AUGGACUCUGAUUCUAUCACACACCAGCCCGAGGCUCCUUUGAGUCCAGAAUCAAUGCUCUCGGAUGCUAUUUUGAUCCCAAUCGCUUCGUCAACCUCAACCGGCCAAAAGCGUAGCCCAUCCCCGACCAACGAUGAGCCUUCAAAGCGUGCGAAGACAGGUGGGGAUUCCGCCGAAUCUAGCGAUGAGGACCAUCAGCUGGACAACGAGAAUGAGGAACCUGGAGCCGACAUCGCCGACGAAGCUGAAGAAGUCCAGGAGGUCAUCGAGCCCCCCGAGAACAACACAGAAGAUGCUCCCGCAAUUCGUCUUCCAUAUGGGUUCCCGCCCAUUUCCCCCGAUACGAUGCAGGAUCUUAAGGAAUGGCUCGCAAUCCAUGCCAACGUCAAGCCUGGCAAUCAUGUUGCCACUGGAGUCCACACCCAACUCUUGAAGCCAAUGGAACCUGAGCAACAAGACUUGGAAGAGAUUUGCAGCAUGAUGGGUAUUGAAACCAAUGGAAUUAAUUGGGGCGAAGGCAUCCAAAUUCCUGGAGUCAUGGACCAUGGGCUUUUAGCCAGGCCCCAUCAACUUGCUGGUGCAAACUGUCUCUCAAGUGCUCUGGAAUCGCCCCUUCGCGCUGCACUCUUGGCAGAUGAGUGUGGAACGGGAAAGACACUGCAAAUUGGUCUUGCACUGGCCAUUCAUUACCACCGCAUCAAAGCAGAAGUGGAGGCUGGAACUUUUAGGCCUCUGGAUGAGAACAGAAGGUUCAAGCCUAGUAUCAUCUUGUGUCCUGCCGACCUCGCGUACCAAACCUUCAAAGAUUGGUCUCGCUGGUUUCCCAAUUUCUUCAAAAUCCGGAUUUGCCAUCGUACAAGUUUCUCACGCGUGACUACUUCACCAGAAUGCACAUCAUGCCUCACAAGAAUGGUCUGCAAGACUGGGUCAAUGAGAAUGCUGCGUCGCAUGAAGACAUUGAGACCCUUCGAAGCAUCGCAAUCGUCCCCUACUAUACAGCAAUGCGGCGAAUGUUAUGGCCCAGAAGACGAGACGGUGAUGGCAAUGCUGAAAAUGAAGAGGCCAACGGCGAAGAUAACGACACCAAUGGAGAAGAUCGCGAGGCUAGUAGCGAUGACUCUGACGAUGAAACAGACAGUCAAGCGCAAGUCGGACCUGGGAAAAAGCGACGCAAGACCACCGCAAAGGAGAAGAUUAACUUCAAAAUUACUGGACAAAGCUAUAACUGGGUUAUUUGUGACGACGUCUAUCCCAUCCGGGGACCUCGGAUAUGUCACACUGCUGUGGAAGCGACAGUGGCCGUUUGUCUUUGCCGAUACCGAAGGUGGUAUCAAUGCUGAGGUGUACUUUCACAAGGACGCCUGGCCUACUAUCAAAGAAGGGGGAGAGUAUGGAGACUUGUCCGUCGAUCACAUCAUUCAACAAGACCAUGAACUUGAUCCGCCAACCGCUCGUAACGAGCUCAUCAGGGACGAGUACAUCAGAUAUAUCCGCGAAAAGACAGGGCCAUUAUUUCUGAUGAACCCCGAUCUCUUCCAGAAAUUUCGUGAGAUUAAGUUCGAGCGACCUGAGCUCGCGCGAGAGGCAAUUCGACCUCUAUUGGAAAUGUUCUGUCUUCGUCGCGGAAUGUUGACGCCGGCGAUCAUGCCCAACGGUACCUCCGUUGUGCCAGGCGAGGGCAUCCCCCAGAUGCGUAUUAGAACAGUGAUCCUUCGGUCCUACAAUGACCACGACCAGCAGGAUCUGUACCAGAUUGCCAAGCAUCAUUAUUCAGAUCUGACCUCAGCCUCAAACGAAGAUGAUGAGCACAUUGGACAUGGCACUAUCGACAAGGCUAAACUCACGUGGGUGAACCCAGCUGUCCUACGAACGCUGGCUCUGUCGACAACUAACGUGGAGUUCUGGCCUCUCACCCAGAAGAGAGGCUCGGAUGGGAAGACAACGUUCCUCAAUUCCAAGCCCAUUCAGAAGUUACUCAACAAGCCACCUCACUUCGACAGACUGCAGUCCUUUAGUCUCCCUGGAGCAGCCGCUCCCACCGCCGCCCCCACCGCUGCUGCUGACUCGGAAAACGUCGAAGAGGUUCUUUGGCGAGAUGGAGUGGGCGGCUUGAAGUGGUACUUCGGGCAACUUCAGCUUGCUUAUGGCGAUGAUAUGGAGUUCCCUCUGGUCCGUGGGGACAUCCCAAAGACGUUCUGUUCACGGAGUCCCAAGCUUUGUUGGACAAUCACUCGGGUUCUGGAGCUCAGAGCACAGGGAAAGCGAGUUCUGAUCUUUGUCAACCAUCCUUUGACUUCGAUGAUCUUAACAGCGCUGCUGACAAGCCUUUGUGUCGAGACUCUGAACAUCCGCAGUAGCCACACCGUUGAUCAGCGCGCUAAGAUGGUUCGGGAGUUCAAUAAUCCUCAGAACCGAGCCGAGGCCUUAGUCCUGUCUUUCCAGCUUGGCGGUUUCGGUCUAAACCUCCACGGAGCCUGUCAUCACGGUAUUAUCGUCGAGUAUCCAGACAACUUGCCUACCAUGCUUCACGGCUUUGGUCGUCUCUGGCGAAUGGGACAGGAACACGAGGUCCACUGGGACGUUCUCUACCUCGAGAAGUCCUUCGAUGGCUGGGCUGAUUCGCGUAUGGCAUCAAAGUACGCUGAUAUCCUCGCGGCAGAGGGAGACAUUCCCGAUUUGAUUGUGGGGGAGUACCGUAUCAUCUGCGGUUUUGAGCUGAUCAAGCGCUAUCUGGGACAAGACAGCAAUCGCUACCCCAGAACUCGCGUUACCUGGUCUGAGCAGGACCAUCCACUUGUGGCUCGCGAAGGCCACUUCUACUCGGCAGUCGCGCAGUAUCUUAUGCAGAAUCCCCAACAUAUUACAAAGUUUCAAGGCAGGCACCUCUAUGAGAUCGCUUGUCGCUGGACUCCAGAGCACGGAGACCUAACCCUCGAUAUGAUUGAAGGGAGGUCUCCGGUCUUGGUGGAUGGUAUUGUCUUGGACUCGCGAAACCCCCUCCUUCCUGGCUAUGUUGCAGUUGAGGAAACUGGAGAUCGCCACCAUGAUCUCUUGCAGCUUGAUGAGAUUCAGUCGAACUUGGCGGCUGAUCAAAAUCGAUUGGAGAGGGAACGGCGGCGACGAGUGGGAAGCUUGGGGUACAUGAAUGGUUAG